GGGCUAUAAUAGAAAAAUAAAAAGCACAAAAAUCGCCCUGAUAGCAAAAGCUCGAGUCUUUGCGGAAGUAUUUGGUAGCUACUGCUUCAAGCUCCGGUUAUUGACUAUGGCGUUCCUGCUCCGCAAUUCCGUCGCUUCCCAUUUCCAAUCCCACUCACAGAGGGGGCAGAACGAUUCGCUUUCCCAAUCGCGCCGCCAGUUCCACGUCGAGCCAGGGCCUCGCGAGAAAGCUCUCUUGGCACCGGACCCAUCUUUAAAACGGUUCAAGUCGCAUAAGAAGGGCGUGGCUCUAGUUAAAAGACUUGGAGAUGUUCUUACCAUUGUUAUCGUUGCUGGCGCCUGCUAUGAAAUAUAUGUAAGAGCAGUAAUGCGAGAAGAGGCUAGGCAACAGGCUAAGGAACAGGCAGGGGCUUCGGGUGCAAGCGCAUAAUCAAGUGUGUGUGCGGGGGCGGAUUUCUUCUGGCAACCAUGUGGAAUGCGUCUAUAUGCUGAAUAAGUAGAAAACAGAUUAUCCUGAGCUGCUUUCGAAGUAUCUGUUUCUGAUCUCUAUUAGGUUUUGUUUGUUAAUAAGAUUGUCAAUUCUAUAAAAAUCGUAGAACAAGAUGAAGGCAGUUGAACACUUUUUGUGUUUUUGUAAUGAAUGCUUUGCUUAAUUUUAAACCAUAAUAUCCUUCCUAA